UCGUCGUCGUCGUCGUUUCGGUUGGUGUGUAGUUUUUACUGUCACUCGAAGAAAAAAAGAAGCGACUAUUUUUCGGCCGUGGAGUUGUUUUGCGAAUUUUACCCCCAACAAAAGUGUAUCAAUUUCAACGGUUUCGCGUAGAUAACCAUCGUACGGUUAACGCCGGUCGUCUGCAAAACACACCAACGGCCAGACCAGAAAGCUCGUCCGGAAGCCGAGCGCAGCCAGGCAUUGGUGGAGGAAAAAAUUUUCUUCCCCACACCACACAUUACACAUACUCCAUUUCUGACAUCGUUUUUUUUUUGUUUGCUGGCCGCUUACGAGUUACGACGAAUUAGAAUUUGCCCGUUUCCGGAUCAUCAUCAUCUGUUAGGUGUUCUGUUCCGUUGUUAUCGCGAAGUUGGAUCCCUGGCUUCGAUUGGCACAGAUCACCACAACUCCCAACGGUGCAUUCCACAGAGUACCUCGCGCGUAGCCGUAGCCGGCCAUGAAUAGUGCCCCCGCCUCAUCGGGUCGUGGCGGCCGUGGAGGUGGUGGCGGCGCCGGCGGCGGUGGCAAACGGCAACAGCAAACCAUUUACAGCCCCGGUAGUGGUCCGCUACGGAAAUCGGAAAAUUCCGGUAGUAACCGAUCACUCAAUUCGAUUGGUGAUGGACCUCCACCGGCUUCCUCAUCACGAGACCGCGAUCGGGACCGCACGGAUUGGGGCCAGAACGAUGGUUGGCGAUCGGUUAACAAAAAAAGUAGCAACAAAAAGCACGACUACUACGAUCAGCGUCGCGGUGGUGGCGGAGACGGUCCCGGUUUUCGGCAAGCCUCCGAACCACGUGUACUGUCCACCAAUCCGCCGAACGUGAAUUACAACCGACCGUCGGAUCGGCUGCGAAAUGAGCGGGACACGCGCAGCGUCGAACCAAGCAGCUAUGGCGGUGGCCGUGGAAACCCCAAGAAACCUCCGUUGCCUGCAAAUAUCGAAACUCUUCCGCCUCGGAUGCAGAUGAAAUUUCUUCAGGAUCAUGGCCUGCCACUGAACUACCUCGAAACACUUCGCAACGAACAGGCGAAUGCUCAUCCACCACCGAACUGGUCCCAUACGCUGCCAAUUUCGCCUCGAUCACGGCCGGGAAUGCGCGGUGGUGGUGGUGGCGGCGGUAGAAACAGAUACUCGGGUAAUUAUCAACAGAUUGGUCCGGGAGGUGGUGGUGGUGGAUAUCAACAGGACUAUCGAGCCCGUACCCCAGUUGACUAUCAGCGGCCUCGGAGCCGUUCUUCGGAUAUCGGUGGCGAGCAGGAUAAUUUUGACGAUCGGCCGCCCAGAUCGAACAGUAGGAAUUCAAGCUGCGAUCCGAAUGAUCGGUGGAAUAACUAUUCGGCACCGCCGCCACCGGUGGUGGCGGUGACGACGACGGUGGCAAUUGUUAGUGCCGGGUAUCGUACGCAGGGUGCUUCCCGCAACCGGCAGUACUCGGAUGGUGGUGGUAGUAGUCGAUUGGAGGAUGACGAUGGCCGGAAUGUUUGCGGGAAAUUGGACUGGGCUGACGAUGUGGAUCGGGAUGUGAUGCCGGAAAAGACUGUCAAUAGCAUUAGCAGCACCAAUAGCAACAGCAGCAAUAGUAAUAGGAACCGAAGGAGACAUCGAAGAAAUGGGAACCGAAAAAAGUUGAAAGGUUUACCCAAUUCCCGCUCGAGCAACGACUACUACGAUGAUGGUGCAAACUUUAAGGUGCCCUAUCCACCGAAAGGUGGCGGCGGCGGAGCCGGAAGUAGCGGUCGCAGCCGUCGAAACUCACAAUCAUCCAAUAUGAGCCGCGAGAAUAGCAUGGAUCGAGCGGUGGGAGUGACUGGCGGUGGCGGUCGAGGAGGACGAGGCGCUGGCAGUGGGAAACCGUACAGGGACAACAGCCAGGAUAGAUACUAUGACCGGGGCGAUCAUCGGUAUGCACACCGGAAGGGUAUUGGUGGCGUCGAUCGAUACAGCAAUAGUAGAGAUAAUAGUAUGGAAAGGGUUGGAUCGUGGCAGCGGAAUGAUUCCACUAACUGGAGAGGUUCGAAUGAUGUUAGCUUGGCGGAAAAGACGGAUGUUAAGAUAGCGGAGAUGACGAAACAGUUUGAGGAGCAGAUCGGGAUUCAGAAAGGUCCCGGUGUGUUGGUACUUCCACCGAAGAUUCCUCCCGUUGGUGGUGAAGCCGUCGUUGACCGUCCAAGGGACGCUGAUCAAACCGGAAAUGCUCGCACGCUGUUCGAUCCAAACAAUCCGAAUAAACCGAUUGUGGUGCCACAGACGCAAACUCGUAACUAUAAUCCUCCUGAAAAUUUGGACGCGCUGGGAAACUCUGGAACAAACAACGAACGGAAACGUGCUUCCAGCGGCAAUCAAUUAACGAACCAGCGUCCUGUUUGGUACGACACCAGUAACCCGAAAGCUCAUCUACUACGUAACAAAGACAUGGUCCAUCAGCUGGAAGCGGCCGAUAAUCGACUUCAAGACCUCCUGCUAAGCGGCAAUCUCUUCCGUGAGUGGGACGUCUACGUUCGAAUACGAACCGAUCUGCAGAAGCUGCUGGAAUCUUUCCUCCUCUCGGAGAUUCAUUUCGCGCAGGAUGUCAACCUGGAGAACCACUUUUGGAAGCUGCUCUACUACAACAUCAUCGAACAGAUGCGAAAACUGCUGGUUGAAGAUCCGGAUCCGCAUAAUCGGGCCUACUACCGGGAGAAGGCUUUGGAUAUCAUCGAAAAUGGUACUCAGUUUUUUGAACAGUUGCUAACCCUGCUGGAGCGUCACUAUAACUUUAGCUUGGAGAAGUUCACCGGUCCGAAUGCGGCUACCUAUACCAAGGGUAGCAAAUUCGGACUCGCACUCGUUUCGGCUCAGAAGUUGUUUCUUUUUCUCGGUGAUUUGGCGCGUUAUCGGGAGACUUGCUCUUCGCAGAACGAACCGACGAAUUUCCGCAAGGCGAAACAGUGGUAUGUUAAGGCGCAGCAGAUUCGACCGAGUAACGGAAGGCCUUAUAAUCAGUUGGCGCUGCUCUCGGUUUAUGCGAAACGUAAGAUCGAUGCCGUCUACUUCUACAUGCGCAGUCUGAUGUCGUCCAAUCCGUUCGAAUCGGCGCGUGAGAGUUUGAUGGAUUUGUUCAAUGAGACGAAGAAGAAGUACGAGAGCAGCCAGCGCAAACGGGAGGAAAAGAAUCGAGCUCGGUUGAAAGAGAAAGAGCACCGCUUCGAUGGUCACCUGCGCCGGGAAACUUGGAUCCAUCCGGAGGGUGGUCCUCGGGUUCACCGGACCGCUCCGCUGGAUCCGCUGCUAGCCGGACGCACUGCCGGCGAAAGUAGCGAGGAAGAGGAGGAAGAACUCCGCCAGUUGGAUUCGAUCGAACUGAACAAACGUUUCAUCGUCAGCUUUAUGCACGUGCUGGGCAAACUGAUCACCAAAACAGGGAUGGAAUCGUUCACACCCUGUGCGAUCCAGAUGCUGCGGGAAUUUCGGGCACUGAUCCAACAUUCGCCGAUUGCCGUCACCUCGCACCGGCUGCUGCAGCUGAUGUCGCUGAACAUGUUCGCCAUCGAGAUCACCAAACUGAAAGAUGCAUCUAUUGCACCCGGUGCCCGAUCCGAAGUACAGGAAUGUGCCCUCUCGAUUGGCCUGCUCAUGUUCGGAAUCAUCCUGGAGCGGUUCAUUCACGUGAUACAGGGUGCUUCAGCGACUGCCUCAACAAUCUUCAAUAGCAACAGCAACAAUAACAACAACAACAAUGACACGAACGAGUCACUGCUGCAGGCAAUCACCAGCAAGCAGAGUGCGAUCGCUGAGAACCUCAAGGAACUGAGUCUGGUUACUGCGGCCGCCGCCACCACCGGUGGUGGCAAGAAAUCAACACCUCAAAAGGGCAAAACGGCAAAGGAUAGCAGGGUUGCAGAUGGGAUCGUUAACUCGUCGCCGGUGGAUUCAUCCAAGGGGAACAAUAACAAUAACAUCAACAACAACAACAACAAGGCUGAGCAGAACGCGGUCAAGCCACGGCAAAAGUUAGUCCUGCCAGAGGAUGCCAAGGCGAUUCUUCCCGCCAUCAAGGUGUGGUGCGAUUGGAUGCUUUAUCACACCGGCACGUGGAACCCGCCGCCGUUCUGUACCGACUACAAAAUAGGUGCUUCCACCGGACACGAUCCCUGGUCCGGCCUGUCCAGUCUGAUGACGCUGCUCGCCCGGUUGGACACCAACAAGGAAAUUCUGGUGGUACUCUCGAAAGAAGAUAAUCAAUCAGACUUCGAGGUCGUUCGCCUGCAGGAGGACAUCACACUGGCAGGAUUUUCCCCGCUGAUAAACGACGUGCCGGAACCGAUUUUUACCCGGCGCGAUCGGGACAUGGAAGAGGCGCAGAAUGCACUUCGAGUGCAGAAGCUAAUCUUCUUCGGGACCGGGUGUCUGUGCAAGUGCGAACCACCGGUACUGAGGAAGGUAACCGCACCGGAUGGUACGGAGGAGUUUGUUAGCAUUGUACAAAACCGAACCGAAGGGUCAAGCGACUCGGAGAUCCUUUUGGAAAGUUUCAGCGAAGACGAGAGCGAAAGCCAACAACCGUCGCAGAGCAAAGAUCAGGAGAAAUCGAAGAGCAAUUGUGACCAGCCGCAAAAGAAAAAAGACCAAGACAAUUCCGUCGUCAGUGACGAAAGCAAGAAGAACAACAACACCUCCUCCAAGGGUAGCAAAAGGCGAAGCGGGAAUGCCAAUAAAAAUAACAAAAACAACAAUAACAACAACAACAGCAACAACGCCGGUGACAGUGCCAGAUCGGAAGCGGCCAAAAGUAGCCUGGAAAUCCGGAAGCUGCUCCGCCGGAAGGACGAGCUGGAACGCAAGCAGAAAAUGCAGGAAAAGUACAACCAACGGUUACAGGACAUCCUUUCGCAAAGUACGAUCGCCCUAAACAUCGAAGUCCGGCCGCGCUUCCUGGUGCCGGACACCAACUGCUUCGUGGACUACCUGCGAGACAUCGAAAGCAUCUCGGAGGCACACCCACUCUACCAGCUGAUGGUUCCUACUGUCGUGAUCAACGAGCUGGAAGGUCUCUCCAAGGGCAUCAAACUGUCGGGCGUCACCAGUGCAACCGGAAUCAUCGCGUCCAAACUGACCACCUCCACUGUUGCGGCGGUGCUACCCGGUAAAUCCGGUCCCGGAACUACCCCCGUAUCGCUGGAUCGACGAUUCGAUCCGAAGCAUGCCGAAAAAGUAGCCGAAGCCUCCAAGCAGGCUUUGCACUUUUUCAAGAAGAAGAAUCCCGCCUUGAAAUGCGUUUCCAGCAAGGGCACGAUACUCAACACGUUCACGUUCACCUCCGAGGAUGACGUCGGAGAGCAAAAGUCCAACGACGAUCGCAUCCUGGAAACUGCCUUAAAAUUAUGCCGCAAUCACGCGGAGGAAAAGCGAGGAGAAAUUCGCUACAUAAUACGCGAAGUCGUCCUGCUGACGACCGAUCGGAAUCUGCGAGUGAAAGCCCUGUCCAACGAUCUGCCCGUCCGGGAGCUGCCGGACUUUAUCAAAUGGGCCGGGCUAGGACCGGCGGCGUAGAACCUUGCCGCUUCCCCUCCCCCCAGUUAGGUACUAUUAUUACGUUCGUUUUUUCGAUAGAAUCCAAUUACACUCUCUCACACAAACACACACACAUACGAUCGUAUACACACAUACACACGCUAGUGACGAUUUUACUUCCGACUGCGCCGUGAGGACCCACCCGUGUCCUACUGGAAAACUUUUUUUCCCCGUUUUUUUUUAAUUGUUUCUACUUUAUUAUUGUCCUUCUUUUAUAAUUUUUACUCUCAGCUAGAAAGUAUAACUUAUUAAUUGCAGACAAUUAUUAGCUCCGACUAAAAAAAAAUUGUUCGUUAUUGACUCUACUAGUAGAAGGAAGUUAAAAAAAUAAAUAAACAAAAGUGCGUUUUUUGACUGUUGUAGUUGUAAAUAUAUUGAAUUUAGAUACGUUUUUUUUCUGUUUGUGCCGUGCCGAACGUGGCCACGAGCCUGAUAUAUAUAUAUAUAUAUUAUAAUGCGAUUGAAAAGCGCAAAAGUGCCGAGUGACCCUACAGCUCCUCAGCAACCAGGUCCCUUUCCCCAGUUAGUCCUCCAGUCCCAUUCCACCGUGUAGUGUUAUAUUCUCCCCCCCCCUCCCCCAUUGACACACGAAAGACAGAUGUGACGUGACGUGACUGCUGAAGAUCAUAUUUUCUAAACCAAUACUACUACUAUCGAAUGUUUAGCAAGCAUUCGGAAAAGAGACAGAGAGCGUAUGAGUAAGUAGGAGUGUGCGUGUGUGUCUCAUCUCAUAGUAGGAGCAAACAAACAGUAGCAGAAAACAGAGUAGAAACAAACAACAACAAAAAAGAAGAUAACAAUUUACACUCACAAGCGUAGCUCGAGCGAGAGCCAGGUUUUUGAUCGAUUAGAAAAAGGAACAACAAAAUAUUA